GGAGGGGAAGCCGGCGGGGCGAGCGAGCGAGGCGGCCGGGCGGGCUGGAGCUGGCGGGCGUCGCGCGCGGGGAGCCAUGAACACCAUCAAGAACGUCCCGGCCCGCGUGCUCAGCCGCCGCGUCGGGCACAGCCUGGAGGCGGAGCGGGAGCAGUUCGACAAGAACCAGGCGAUCAGCAUUAGCAAAGCCAUCAACACCUUGGAAGUCCCUGUGAAGGAGAAACACGCUCGGAGGAUUAUUCUAGGGACUCAUCACGAGAAAGGCGCGUUUACUUUCUGGUCGUACGCCAUUGGCCUUCCCCUGCCCAGCAGUGCCAUCCUGAGCUGGAAGUUCUGCCAUGUUCUCCACAAAGUCCUCCGAGAUGGUCACCCAAACGUUCUCCAGGACUGUCAGCGGUAUCGAAGUAACAUUCGAGAAACGGGAGAUCUUUGGGGCCACCUGCACGACCGUUACGGCCAGUUGGUGAAUAUUUACACCAAGCUUUUGCUGAUCAAAAUCUCCUUCCACGUCAAGCAUCCUCAAUUCCCUCCUGGGCUUGAAGUCACCGACGAGGUGCUAGAAAAAGCUGCCGGAACAGAUGUGAAUAACAUCUUCCAGCUCACCGUUGAGAUGUUUGACUACAUGGAUUGCGAACUCAAAUUAGCAGAAUCAGUCUUCCGGCAACUCAACACCUCCAUGGCCAUCUCCCAAAUGUCAGCCGUUCAGUGCCGGUUGGCCCCUCUCAUACAGGUGAUCCAGGAUUGCAGCCACCUGUACCAUUACACCGUGAAGCUGAUGUUCAACCUCCAUUCGUGUUUGCCAGCCGAUACGUUGCAAGGCCAUCGUGACAGGUUCCACGAACAGUUUCGCAGCCUGAAGAACUUUUUCAAAAGGGCAUCGGACAUGCUGUAUUUCAAGCGUCUCAUCCAGAUUCCACGGCUGCCCGAGGUAUCCUCUGUUUUUCCUUCCCCUAGAAUCCUGAAUUCCUGCACAGAUUUAAUGAAGGCUAUUCGGCAACUUGUAUUGACCUCCACACAUCUGCAGAAGGAGAUCGUGGAAGGAGGAAGGGGGGCAGCAACACCCCAGGAAUUUUACGCCAAGAACUCCUGUUGGACGGAAGGGCUCAUCUCAGCAUCCAAGGCUGUUGGAUGGGGAGCAACUCAGCUCGUAGAAUCUGCCGAUAAAGUCGUCUUGCACACCGGCAAAUACGAAGAGCUGAUCGUCUGUUCACAUGAAAUUGCAGCGAGCACAGCUCAACUCGUAGCCGCCUCAAAGGUGAAAGCAGAGAAGCACAGCAAGAACCUCGGCAAACUCCAGGAAUGCUCGCGUAGGGUCAACGAGAAGGCAGCUAACGUUGUGGCAUCUACCAAAUCUGGUCAGGAGCAGGUAGAAGAGAAAGACACCAUGGACUUCUCUGGGCUGUCCUUGAUCAAACUCAAGAAAGAGGAAAUGGAGACACAAGUGAAGGUUCUGGAACUGGAAAAGACGCUGGAGAACGAGAGGCUGCGUCUCGGAGAGUUGAGAAGGCAACAUUACGCAUUGGCUGGUCUUUACACGGAGAACACGGACGGAAAGAAGCCUACAAUCGCUCGUAAGCCAGCAUCCUUGCAGAGACCUGCCAUGGCCCAGAAGCCAGGUCAAAGCAAGCCGGAUUCUGAGCUGGCACAGGACGGCGUCUACCAAGCCCAUGUAGUUAACUUCUAAGGCAAAGCCAACAAGCAACGGAGCAGAGUUGAAUCCAGGGCCAGGAAAAUUGGGUCCAGUUUCUGCUCACCCUUGAGGAAUUCAACCCUUGGAUCUGCUGGUUUUUCGCCGGUACCCCCCAAAAAAUAGAUUUUUGGAGGAGGAUUAAGAUGUCAGCAGCCUUCAACUCUUUCUACGGCAGGAGACAUUGAGACAUUCCAGCCCCUUUAAAUGUCUGUGUUUUAAACAGAUACCAGCUGGGCCCUUUCCGGCUCCUAAAUGUCUCUUCUGCCCCCCACCAUCUACAAGAAGGCAGACCCUCCUCCCACCCCCUACGGGGAAAAGGAAUUAAGGAGCUUGUGAAUAACUAUUUAUAAGCAAUAGGAAUCAUUUGGGAAAUAUUUCGAGUAAAUAUUGGUGUAUCUAUUAUUCUACAAAGAUGUUUUUAAAAAGAAAUGUGAAUUUCUGUGGCUACUGUCGUUGUCGGUUGUGUAGGUGGUCCUUUGUAGUAUUUUAUGCCGAGAUCUGAUGCGUACAAAAAGGGACCAGGGGUGGGAGAAAUUACCUGGGGAUGGAAAUGAAAUAUCUUUUAGAGAUGUUUAUAGUACACAUUUAAGGAUUUAUAGAGGAGAAAAUAAAAACCUUCAGUGUUUUGUUUUUUUCAAAGAUCCCUUUAACCAGUGCCUCCCAAACCUGGGUGAAAUUACCCCCAAUUAGGUAAAAAUAUCUUUUUUUCCCCCCCUCCUUUGGGUAACAAUACACAUUCCCAGUCAAAACGGGGAGAUUUAAAUUGACUUACAAGAUGGCCAAGUAUGUUUAAAAGCCUCUCAAAAUCUAUUCCUGCUGAAAUGAAACUCAGUGGAAUGACCAAUUUGUUGAAAGCAACAAAGAUCGCUCCAUUUUAUGCAGGUGGUCUUUGAGUGGACGACCAACCGUUCAAAGUUACAACGGCGGUAAAGGAAGGGAUGAACUUGCAUAAGAUGUUUUAUUAAGCAGGGGAUUUUUUGGGGUGGGGGUAAUGAAGGAAAAAGGUUGGGAAGCACUGCCUUAAAACUCUCUUAGGAAAUCCGUGCAAAAAAAAAAAAAGAAAGAAAGAAAGCCAGGCCACUGGCUUUAAUUUUAAGAGGCUGGGUGAGCUUCUUUGCAAAGGAGAAAAAGUCUCGGGAAUUGUUCUUAAUCGAACCUUUACGAUUAAACACUUUCGCUUAUUAAAAUGAUUUAGCUGAAACUGGGUUGUC